AUAUAUAUAACAGUUUUUCACAACUGGCGCGUAUACUUUUUUUACUUUUUUUUUUAAAUGGUAAUACUUAUUACAAUAGAAGAGGAAAUAAAAGCGGGCGUGCCGUGCGCGCGCUUUGUAAUGUUCUAUAGUAUUGAUAAAAAGCCAUUCAUCGCUGUUAUGUGGUUACCAUAGAAAUUAAACAGUAAACAUAAAAUACAUCUGCAUCAGUUAUAACAUAACCUACAUGAUUUCUAUCGCCAUCAACGUUACUUCGUAAUAAGAAAAAGUUAUAUAUCGUUAAUAUUUGCUUUUACUUGUGUCUUUCAAAUCAACUUUAACUUUUUUAGAACUACUUUACACUAUGAAAUGAAGAAGUGUGUACGUGUGGACUAAAUGUUUUAAUUCUAUUAAAGACAAUCAAAAAUUAUUUUUAGACGUGUUACAAUGAGAUUUAAGAUAUCUUUACACGACAAUAAUAUACAUAAACGCUUGGUUGCUUGUGUCGCAUGGAACUCGACAGAAGAAAUAUAUUCGUGUGGAGAAGAUCAUUUACUUGUAUGUUGGCAUUUAAAAAAUGGUACUGUACAUUCUACUGUUGUGACUGAAUUUUCAAAUGAUUUUUAUCCUACGGAUAUGCAAUGGCAUCCACAUCCUAAUCAUAUUUCUAUUGCUAAGAAAUCGUCUUUGGAUGUGCUAUUAAUAACUACUGCGGAUGGAAAAUACCAUCUGGUCAAUAAAAAUGGUCGCAUUGAAAAAAGUAUCAAUGCUCAUAAGGGGGCAACAACAGUAGGAAGAUGGAGUAACGACGGUUCUGUAUUUUUGACUGCUGGUGAGGACGGAUUAAUCAAAAUCUGGUCUCGUAGUGGUAUGCUUCGAUCUACAUUAAUUAAAGCAAAUCUUCCUAUAUUAACAUCAAGCUGGAAUCCUGACUGUUCAACCAUAUUGUACUCCCAGGGUGCAAACUUGAUCUUGCAAUCGUUUAAUUCUAAUUCCAAAUCACAUAAGUGGCAUGCGCAUGAUAGUCUCGUACUGAUUGCUUGCUGGAAAAAUAAUCUUAUACUUUCUGGUAGCGAAGACUGUAGAUAUAAGGUAUGGGACGCCAACAAUAAUCAGUUAUUAUAUAGCAGUGGUAUUGGUGAUUAUCCUGUAACAGCAAUCAGUUGGUGUUCCUCUGGUAACUAUUUUGCUGUUGGAUCCUUCAAUACAAUCAAGCUUUGUGAUAAAAAUGGGGAUGUUUUAGAAUUCACGAGACAAACUUUAAGGGAUGGUAUCUUUCACCAGGAAAAUCAAUUUUUAUCAAGAAACCCAUAUCUUCCGAUGCGUUCUUAA